AUGGCAGAUUUGGCUCCAGAACCGGCAGCAUCGGAUGCUUCAGACGCAGGGGCCCGUGAUAGUAACGAACUCGCUCGCUCGCCAUCAUCCGCUCUUAAUGAGGGAGAAUCUCAGCUGCUUGAGGAGAAAGAUCCAGCUGCCGCAGUCCAAGCAGACACAUUUAUCUCGGGCACUGAACCCAAUUUGUACGAUCAUCAUCAUCACGAACGCCCUCAUUCCUCUUCCUCGUCUUCCGAACCCUCGGCCACUUUUACUAGCGAUGAAGACUAUUUCGAUGAAGAGGGCCGACACGCCGCAAGGUCAACAUCCAGCCGCUCAUCCAUAUCUUCCUUACCGGGUUCAGUCGUCGUAUAUCCAUCAGGAAAGCACGAUUCCCACGGAACCAUAACACCCUCUAAUUUCCGUGGGCAUUAUAUGCAACAUUAUUUAGAGGGCAAUAGUGACGACCCUUCGCCCGUGAAUAGCACCGGGUCUAAAAAGAGCAAAUAUCCUUCCCGGCUUUCAAAGGUUGCGCCUGGCGUGCGAGAUCGUGACUCACCGUUUAGACACCCGAGUUCGGUCCGCGCGAUGCAAAUGGGCGAUGAGGAAGAAUACAAUGGGUAUGGAUACGGGUACGACAACGAUGAUCUCACACCUUCGCGAUCUCGGAGGCAUCGAGGUGGUGGUCGUGGGCAUUCAUGCCAGAGUGUGUCGGGGAUGUCCAUGCACUCGCUUGUCUCGACACCGCCGUCUGCUAAAGGGAAUUAUAAAUCACCCCGGGCGAAGGAGGAGCCAGUACAAAAGGAGUACCCCCUCGUUCUUCUCCAUUGUACUUUACUACCACCGUCUCUAUCACUACCACAGGGCAUGGGAACACCUAGUGCACAGCUUCUCCAGGAGGUGCUGCCAGAGAAGUACUGGGCGAGGUGGAAAUUGUUGGAGGAUAAAAUUGUCAACUCAGGUGUACUGAGGUAUCGGGGGUUGCUGAUAUCACAUCCUCAAGAAAUGUAUGAUUUGCUUGAGGAGCGGUUAUUGGAGAGUCUAGAGCUUGUUCGGCCAAGGUUGGGAUACGGCCAUUUCCUUGGUCGGGAAGAUGCAGACAAUGCAGAUGAUGCAGACUGGACGUCCGGGGCGAAAGAGGACUGCGGGGAUUCGAGCGAUGGAUGUGAGGGGGAAAAAUGCGCCGAUUGUGGCGCAAGGGUACUUCGGCAUUUAGAAGGGGAGAAGCGGAAAUGGGAGAUCAAAGUGUAUGCCGCCAAUGGUCUUAUGAGAGCCGGUGCUUGGGCGGCAGCGUGGAGAGAAAUGGAAAAAGUCGAUGUCGAGGUUGGAUUGGCGCUUCCAGUUGAAAUUAAACGGGAGCUAGAGCGGAGAAUUACCGAAGAGGAUCAGAUGAAACUCGAGGAGGCACGACGUUUGUCGGAGGAGGAGAAGCGGAGGCGAGAAAUUUACGGAGAAUCACCGCCACCCACACAGGAGGCCAUUGAUGGGCUUGAAGAUGAUGAUAUAGUUCCUCCGUUUCAAUCUGAUUUUGACCGGUCUUCACCUCCGCCCUCCUUUGAGCAACCAGAGCCACGGACAUUCGAGCAUGGGCGAGCCAAUGGGCAUACCAAACCCAGUGAGAUAGAUCUGCAGACUCUCUGUGCAAAUUAUAUCCGCGUGCUGGCUAGCGAUAGACGGAAUGUUGCGCUUGCUUUCCUCAGCGUCCUUGUCCUCUACCUAUCAAUUAGCAUGGCGAGGCAAGAGAGCACUGUUGUCCACCCCACAACAAGUCCACGACAUUUCGUUCAGCCAGAUAUAUCGACACCAAUAGCUAUGGAACACAGCCCGCCCUCAAUCGUCAUUUCCCCUACUAUAGCGUCUAUUGAGCCGGAAUUUCCAUUGAACUCCGUGGCGGACGAUAGGGUUAUUCACCCUACACCAGCAUGUGGAAGUCCCAAUUUCGGAAUACCAUCUGUUGAUAGUAUGCAAUUACAGCAAACUCACGCAUCGCAACCCACUCCGAACCGCGCUGCACAUCGCUGUCAAAGCGAAGCUCAGUCCAUUGAAUCCUCCGUACAGCCCCAGCUACAGCCACCAGUCGUAUCGGAACCUACAGUAGCAGCCCAACCAAACGAACCAUCUCCUAGCCAGCAUGACAACAUCGUUUGUUCAUCAGUUCAAACCAUGCCACCCCAGCCCAUACAACCGACUAAAGACCGCGACUCUACAUCCAGCGAUCAAAUCAUAGAACCAGCGCAAGAAUCGUUAGCCGUAGGAUGUCAACCAUCAACACCAGCCUCAUCAUCAACAAGUUUUGAGAACCCAUCGGCAGAAACCAUAAAACCGUCACCGUAG